UUCCACACUUCACUGACUCUAGCCUCUCCGUGGGGCCGUGAACCACACCACGCAGUAACGGACUCGUAGUACCACUCUUCCAAAAAUGGUAAGGAACUGGAGGGAAGUCGCUAUUUCGCUGAGCAUCAUUCCUUUCCUCCCUACAUCGUUGGCUUACCCCGCUACGAUCACCCCGCCACCGCGUAUCUUACUUCGUGAUGGUGCUACCCUUGGACCUGAAGUGAUCGGAUACACCUCGACAUUCGGCACCUACUCGAUAUGGCAUUGCCCAGUUUCUUCAAUAUGGAGUGUAGUGGGAUCGUAUGGGAGGUGUUGUACUGAUAAUACGAAACUCGACUGUUGGAUGCCGACAACGUGCGAAGGAAGUGUAUAUGCAAAUAACCGUUUCAGAUCCACAUGUACUGGAGACGGGUUUCAACAAUCAUGCGUAACAGGCACAAUUUACGCAUCCAUCGGUGACCCAUCACCAAUAUCAAAUUACCAAUGCUGGCCAAGUUGGACAAAUGGGGAUUGGGCUGCAACGCGUUCAGUACCCCUUUCAUCGUCUACGCCUUCACCCUCGCCAACGUCAUCUCCCAUCCUCUCGACGAAUGCGCUUUCUCCCAUCUUAGCCACCUCUUCGAGUACAGCCACCAGUAGCGGAGGUAGCGGAGAGGGGGGUGAUAAGAACGGCAAACUGGCAGGCAAGAUAGCGGGUCCCAUCGGAGGCGUCAUUGCCCUCUCCUGCAUAUGUGCAUUCAUCAUCAUUAGAAGCAAAAGCAACAAGAAGAAAAUGGAAGAAAAGCGCAGAACGAGCACAGUCUAUGUCGAUCGAGAUGGGAAUGAAUUGCACAUAGUACAGAAAGGACAUUGGUCUGAGAGGGUGUUUGCAGUGCCAUCCACGUCGCCCGUAGGAGACGGUAGCCUAUCUCCUAAUCUAGUGCAAGAUCAACACUAUCCAACUACUCAGGGUGUAGGAGGGCAUAGUGGCAUCGAAUAUCCUACCAGAUCUGGAAAUCAAUGAAAUUUUGUAUCUGGGGAUGUCAGUCCGGCAGCAUUGGGUGACAGAAGUCAGCCGGAGCGAGGUUGAAUAACAUACGGCCCUGGUGUCGAAGAAAUUUGAACCAUC